UUUUCCGCGCCAAACUCCAAAGCCCGCGGAGAACGCGCGCGGCACCGGCUCCAGCACCGCCACCCCGGUGAGUCCGCCGGGAACCCCCCCAAACCGCGGCACCGCCACCCCGGUGAGUCCGCCGGGAACCCCCCCAAACCGCGGCACCGCCACCCCGGACCGGCGCCAUGUGGAUCCAGGUGCGCACCAUGGACGGCAAAGAGACGCACCGCGUGGACUCGCUCUCCAAGCUCACCAAGGUGGAAGGGCUGCGCCUGCGGAUACACGAGGUGUUCGGCGUGGAGCCCGAGCGGCAGCGGCUGUUCUACCGCGGAAAGCAGAUGGAAGAUGGGCACUCCCUGUUCGAUUACAGCGUGGGGCUCAACGAUAUUGUUCAGCUCCUGGUCAGACAAAGCCCGGCCGUGCUGCCUGCUGGGAGCAAGGAGAAGGACUCGGAGCURUCGGACACCGAUUCGGGCUGCAGCUCCGGCCCCAGCGAGUCCGACAAAAGCUCCCACAAUGGGGAGGGUGCCCUGGAGCUGGAGGGGCAGCCCAGCACWGCAGCUCAGCCCGACUGGACCGACCCCGGUUUUGGUCUCUACAAGAUCAAUGACUUGGUGGAUGCUCGGGACACGGACAUGGGAGCRUGGUUUGAAGCCCAGGUUGUGAAUGUAACCAGGAAAAAGCCUUCCAGUGAAUCAGCUGAGACUUGCACGGAUCCUGACCAGCCCACAGCUGUGCCUGAAGAAGAUGUGAUUUAUCAUGUGAAAUACGAAGAUUAUCCAGAGAACGGGGUGGUGCAGAUGAGCUCCAGUAACGUUCGGGCUCGGGCAAGGACCAUCCUGAAGUGGCACCAACUGGAGGUGGGGCAGGUGGUGAUGGUCAACUACAACACCGACGAUCCAAAGGAGAGGGGCUUCUGGUACGAUGCUGAGAUCCUGCAAAAAAAGGAAACAAAAAUGACCAGGGAGCUCAACGCGAAGAUAUUAUUUGGGGAAGCUGGUGAUUCCUUGAACGACUGCACAAUUAUUUUAGUGGAUGAAAUCUAUAAAAUUGAAGAACCAGGCACUGCUUCUCCCAUCGAUCCUGGUACCCCAAAACGACAGAGUGGCCCCGUGUGUAAAGACUGCAAGGACAACCCAAACAAAACCUGCAGGGCCUGCGCUUGUCACAUCUGUGGGGGGAAACAAGACCCAGACAAGCAGCUCAUGUGUGACGAGUGUGACAUGGCCUUCCACAUCUACUGCCUCGACCCUCCCCUCAGCAGAAUUCCUGAUGAGGACUGGUAUUGCCCUGAAUGUCGAAAUGACACGAGUGAGGUGGUUUUAGCAGGAGAGAAAUUAAAAGAAAGUAAAAAGAAACAAAAGAUGGCAUCUGCUAAUUCCUCCUCCCAGMGAGACUGGGGCAAGGGCAUGGCGUGUGUUGGGCGCACCAAGGAAUGCACCAUYGUCCCCUCCAACCACUAUGGACCAAUUCCUGGCAUCCCCGUUGGCACCAUGUGGAAAUUCAGAGUUCAGGUGAGCGAGUCUGGGGUGCACAGACCCCACGUGGCUGGGAUCCAUGGCAGGAGCAAUGAUGGGGCCUAUUCCUUGGUGCUGGCAGGAGGAUAUGAAGAUGACAUAGAUCAUGGGAAUUCYUUCACAUACACGGGGAGUGGAGGGCGAGACCUCUCUGGGAACAAACGCACGGCGGAGCAGUCCUGUGAUCAGAAGCUCACCAACAUGAACAGAGCUCUGGCCCUGAACUGCAGCGCCCCCAUCAACGACAAGCACGGAGCUGAGGCCAAGGACUGGCGGGCGGGGAAACCGGUGCGGGUGGUCAGRAAUGUCAAAGGAGGAAAACACAGCAAAUACGCUCCCCUGGAGGGCAACAGAUAUGAUGGCAUCUACAAGGUGGUGAAAUAUUGGCCCGAAACGGGGAAAUCGGGAUUUUUAGUCUGGCGUUAUCUGCUUAGGAGGGAUGAUGAAGAACCUGCUCCUUGGACCAAAGAGGGGAAGGACAGGAUGAAAAAGCUUGGCCUGACAAUGCAGGUACUCCCCUGGGGUAUCACCUGGGCUCUGAGCUUGAUAAAUAGCAGGGAUUUCCUGGGACAUCACCAGAACUGGUUGGAUAGCAGGGAUUUCCUGGGACAUCACCAGAACUGGAUGGAUA